UUCCAUGGCGGCGGCGGUGGUCGCCGCGGCUCCUGCGCUCUUGAGGCGGCUGCUGGAUUGUUUUCCCCGCGGGAGGCCUGCUCUGGCGGCGUUCUUCGGCAGACUCUCAGACCGCCUGAGCCGAGGUCGCGAAAGCAGCGCUCGCAGGUCAUCAUGGCUGCUGUUGGCUCCAUUACUCACUUCCACCGUUCCACAACUGACUGUCCCCACUAACUGCCUUGGCCCUGAGGGAACACAUAUUUUUCAAUGGAUCAGAAACCUGGUUCCAGAAUUUGGUAUUGCUGGGUCCCAUGUCAAGGUGCUUUCAUCCCCAACUGAAUUCUAUGAACUUAUGAAGGGACAGUUAAAGAUGGCCAAGCAACGAAUAGUUUUAGCUUCCCUGUAUCUUGGAACAGGACCUUUGGAACAGGACUUAGUGGAUUGUAUUGAAAUAGCUUUGGAACGGUCAUUGAAGGGAUGUGGGAGUCCCAAUUUUAGAGUGUCUAUCCUGUUAGACUUCACAAGAGGAUCUCGGGGCCAGAAGAAUUCUCGAACCAUGCUGCUUCCACUCCUGAGGCGAUUUCCAGAUAAGGUCCGUGUCUCUCUCUUCCACACUCCUAAUCUACGUGGUCUUCUCAGACAUCUAAUUCCUGAGCGUUUUAAUGAGACCAUCGGGUUGCAGCAUAUCAAAGUCUAUCUCUUUGAUGAUAAUGUGAUCUUGAGUGGGGCCAACUUAAGUGACUCUUACUUCAGCAAUCGACAAGACCGCUAUGUGUUCCUACAAGACUCACCAGAGAUUGCAGAUUUCUUUACUGAGCUAGUAAAUGCAGUUGGGGAUGUGUCUCUACAGUUACAGCAAGAUGAUACAGUCAAGAUUAUAGAUGGGAUGGUGCAUCCUUACAAAGGAGACAAGAUGGCCUAUUGUGAAAUGGCAAAUAAGAGAGUGAUGGAAGUGAUCAACUCUGCCAGGGUCAGACAAGAACAAUUGCACACUCUGACGUUCCACGGCAACAGUACAGAAGGAGAAAUCCCACUGAGUGAUCCAAAGGCAGUUGGUGACGGGCAGUCAGAACCAGAUACGUGGAUUUAUCCUCUAAUACAGAUGAAGCCAUUUGGGAUUCAGAUCGAUGAGACUGUCACGGAGACCCUCCUUAUGGAAGCAGAGCAGGGUGCCAGCAUACAUCUCACCACAGGCUAUUUCAACCUCACAAAAACAUAUAUAGAUCUGAUUCUAGGCACUCGGGCAAAAUUCCAGAUUCUUCUAGCCUCGCCAGAGGUGAAUGGGUUCUUUGGAGCCAAGGGGGUGGCAGGUGCCAUCCCUGCAGCCUAUGUUUACAUUGAACAGCAGUUCUUCAGCAAGGUGUGCUGCCUGGGUCAGGAAGAGAGAGUUCAGUUGAAGGAAUAUUCUAGGAGUGGAUGGACAUUCCAUGCCAAAGGCCUCUGGUUGUACCUAGCCGGAAGCAGCCUGCCCUGCUUAACUCUGAUUGGUUCUCCUAAUUUUGGGUACAGGUCAGUUCAUCGUGACCUGGAAGCACAGAUUGCAAUAGUGACAGAAAACAAAGCCCUACAGGAGCAGUUCCAUCAGGAGCAGGAGCAACUUUAUUCCUGUUCUGGUACAGUGUCUGCCUCAACGUUUGAUCAGCCUAGUCGUUACAUCAAGCUGUGGGUGAAGAUAUUGACGCCUCUGAUUAAGAACUUCUUCUGAAAUAGAGAGAGGCAGGUCCUCUUGGUUGAAAGUCCAGACAUAGGUGGGACCUCUUGUGCGUGUCUUGUACACAGGACACUCAUACAUGUUCUUGAUAUCCAUGCGAUCCACAGGGAUGGCCUUGAUGAAAAUGACUGGCAUUGAGGGCGUCAGCUCCUUCAGGCGUGCAUCACUGAUGACACCCGUCUGAGUAUCCCAGCGUGCACCUGCAGCAAUAUGGGACAGUACUCUCAAGAUCAGUUGCUUUACAGCAAGGGCUAAGGAAAGGGAAUUUGCAUGCUUAUCAACCUUCUGACUUUAGCAAUAUGGCUACAUGCUAAACUUUGGCUUGCACAUGCUUUUGAUGCCAUCCCAGUGGUUUACUUACAUAUUUUACAGGGAUACGAACAAAAUGAAGCAAUUGGAUUCAUACUGUGCACUUGGCCUAUAGCAGCUAUUCUUUUGUUACAGAACGUUGUGCACUCCUACAAGUUCCUUCACCACUAAUUACACAUAGUUAAGCAGAAAAAUCUAGGCUUGUUUAGCUCAAUUUAAAAUAACAGAAACUAAAAAAGAAAAAAAAAGUAUCUUAGAUACAACAUCCCCAGAGUAGAAAGAAUUUUAGAAGCUAACCUCUUGUUUUUAAAUACUGGUAGGCAUGAUAAUAAAAUAGGCAUCUGCUGCCCUCUACUGAUAUGACAUAAAACAGGCAGCCAUCCAAACACCUGUCUUGUUUCUCUUUUCUGGGUGGUGGCGAUGGUGGUGGUGGUGUCAAAUAUUUAUUUGUCAGAAUGAAUUUGGAGGAUUAGUUCUGAUAGUGCUUUGGAUGCAAAUAAUAUUGCCUAGUGACUGAUUUCUAGCAUAAUUUCUGUCAAAUAGUCUAGUAUUUAUAUAUGACUACGAAAGCUGGACACUGAAAAAGAAUGAGAGGAAAAAGAUAGAAAUAUAGUUGCCUUUGAAUUUUAGAUCUGGAGAUGGUAACUAAGGCUAUCACAGACUGCAAUAACCAUUCUGUCAAACCUGGACCAAAUUAAAACUGACUGUUCUCUUGCAGCAAUGAUCACCAAACAGAAGCAAGUGGGUGAUGGACUAUGGAAAAAAAAUCCAUGUUUGUGGAUGGAUGGAUGGAUGCAUCGAAGAAAUGACAGGAUUGUCCUUGGAAGAGCUAUGAGAUACGGGUAGAGUCAAGCUAAGAUGAUGAAUAUUCGUCCAGCCUGUCACCAGGUGUUGAGCCUGACUCAAUAGAAACUUAGUUACCAAAGAGACUAAGCCUGGCAGGGAAUUUUAUUUCAAGUUACUCAAAGCUAUUGCACUCCUGAUGUACUGGACUGCAACUCUCAUUCCCAUGGCCAUUAUGGAAGCUGGCAUUAAGCAGUAAUUGAAGAGUCCUACUCAUUGUUUCCUUUUAGAGUAUGUGAAAUGGGCACCUGUAUUAUUUUAUUUUUCUUUGUUACAUAAGUAUGUGACAGUUGAAACACUGGCACAAAAAGUCUAAAAACAGAACAUUCUGAAAAUAAAUCUUUCUCAGUAAUUUACCUGUCUAGUCUCAGAGUAAAAUCUAAAAGUAGAAGAACCAAGUCCUGUUUCCAAAACUGUUCUCUCUCUCCUUCCCCUGCCUGCUCAGCAGGCUGCCGUGGAAGAAAAUACUGCUGUCUGUGAGCUGAAGUCAUGUUUGCUGAAGGUUUCUGAAACUGAGCUGAGGGUCACAGGAAAUAAUGCCCAUAUGUUAUUACACUAAUAGGUCAAUGGUCUUUACCUUCCAUGAAGAGCCCGUGCACAUAGGAGCCUUCUCGAGGUGGAGCUGUCAUAUCUUCCCUGUUUUUCUUGGUAACUUCCACUGAAAGACACAUUCUGUCAAGAGGCCAUUCAUUUUUCCUAGCCAUGGACUGCAUAAUGGCAGUCAGGAAAGACUGAGGAUUGAAGAAACCUGCUAGCCACACAGUUGUGGGUAGGGCAAAAUCUGUGGUCCAAGCCUCCAGCUCCUGGAAAUGAAAACAGUGAUAGCAGAUUAUAGAUAAGCAUGUUAAGGAGCCAUACAUACUUCAUACUGCAGCUUUAAUUCUCCCUGUGCAUUCCUUAAAAACACCCACAGCUCGAAUGGCAAGAUCAGUUAAAUAAAAUUUGCUGAACAAACUGGAGUAGGCACUUUGAGAUUUGUGUGAUAGCCGUCUCUUUGUUUUGCUGUGUGUACUAUUAAACUGUUAAGGUACAGACACUUUGGCACUCUUCUACAAUUUUAAAAACUUCUUUCUACAAAGCAAACUUACAAGAGAAUUGGAUCACAAAUGGAUCACACUGUUGGUGUAAUGUAUUGUAAAUUUGUUCCUUCUCUAGUCCUCUGCAAAACCAAUGGGGGGCGGGAGGGGGAAUUGCUGCUGGAAGAAUGACCUAGCUGGAUUUCUGGAGAGAUGUCUAUUGCUGACCAUUAUGAUAACCUUGGGUAAAACACUGCAAUAAACUCAUUCUUUUACUGAAUAA